AUGCCCUUUCUUCCCGAAUCUUCGGGCUUCCAAGGAAAUAUUCUCCCGCCAUUCACGGUGCUAACCAAGGGCACGCAGCAGGAAACGAUGGGAAAGUUCGUGGCGAAGCCAGUGACCCUCUUCAUGUACCCGCCUGGUGUGACCUCGGCAUGCGGCUUGGGGUUGGCCUUCAGAGUCAACUUCACCUUUGCUCUCAUGCCCCAGUCUGGUACUGCAAGUUCCAGCGGCUUUGCACUUGUAAUCGCGGCGAAGCCCAAGGCAGGGAAACCUGGUGGUGUGGGGUAUAGUGGAGUGGGACCCAGGAGCAUAGCCGUGGUAUUCGACACGCUUCAGGAUGAUGCGGGCGAGCAGCACGUGGGGCUGAGCAUCAACGGCGCAGAGGAACCCUUGGUCAAGGAGGUGUCGCCAUUCACUCUGACAGACGGCGACUCAUACAAGGCGUGGGUGGACUAUGAGCCUAGGGAUCCCAACACCAUUCAAGUGUUCCUGGCGAAUUCAAAGACGAAACCAGAGGAGCCGCUGCUACAGGGAAAGGUGUCGCUGUGUGCGGUGCUGCAGCCGGGAGUGAAGCAGCCGGCGUUCUCGUUUGGCUUUGUGGCGUCCACCACUAUGAAGCCCUUCCAGCUGCAUGGCAUUCUCUUCUCCUCUGUGCAAACAGGCAAGCACUCUAUGGCUUUUGUGCUUCUCUUUCUUCUGUCUAUCUCGACAGUUGCUCCUUCACCCAAGGCAGCCCAGGUUAAUGAGAAAGAGGUCACAUUUGCACCGACUCGAGCCAGUCCCUUUUCGCGCUAUGUGAGUGCGGACUUCAAGCUGUCGGCCACCAAAGCGGAGUCGUGGAGCAUUCGUGACUUCCACACUGUGGAGGCGGCAUACGGCAUUGCAAAGCAGCAGAGCGCUCCCCGGCUGGCAGUGGAGGCGCUCUUCGCCCUCAUGGGGCUCUCCGACUCCGACAAGUGCUCCGCUGGCGGCCCCCACCCACGCCUUUGA